AUGAGUCAAACAACUACCCAAACCCAGACGAGCUACCCAUGCGAGCUUCUUGAGCAGCGCUUCUCGAAGCUGAAGCAAUCAAUCAUAAAGCCUGAAGAUAAGGCGAAUUUGAUCGAGUCGUACCACCGUCUGACCAAGGCACUAGAGCUUGAGGCCGAUAGAAUUGCCAAGCUGGGGCCGAAAUCAAUUCCCGAGAUUGACUUUGCUACAAUAGAGAGCAAUGGAGGCGCUCUGCCAGACGGUCUAGCAUCCUUAGUCCAGCAAACUGGCUGUAUCAUCUUCCGCAACGUUGUCCCAGAAGAACAGGCUUCAAAGUGGGAGGCUGAUUUGAGGAGCUACACAAAGAGGCACCCGAAGAUUGCUGGUUUCCCAAAACAUGACCCGCAGAAUUUCAGUCUGUUCUGGACACCGGCACAGGUCCAGAUCCGCAGCCAUCCGCGCGUGAUGAAAGCCAUGCAAGCCGUCAGCAAGCUGUGGCAUCUCAGCGACGAUGGAAUCCCGUUUGACAUGUCAAGUCAAGUUCUCUACGCGGAUCGCUUUCGCAUCAGACAUCCUUCGCUUGAUUCUGAAUACACAUUGAACGCGCAUCAAGACAGCGGUGCAAUCGAGAGAUGGGAAGACCCGGACUACAGAGCUUGCUACCAGAAGAUCUUUGAGGGAAAGUGGGAAGACUACGAUCCUUGGAAUGCUGAUCACCGCUCUGAGGCCAAGACAGAUUUGUAUAAAUCUGGAAAAUCUUGCUCCGCAUUUCGGUCACUCCAAGGCUGGAUUAGCCUCUCACAUACCGGAACGGGCGAGGGUACAUUGCGUCUCGUACCUGAGCUGAAGCUCUCAACGGCCUACCAAUUGCUCCGCCCAUAUUUCGUUCUUGAUGAGACAUUCGACGACGUUACACCCUUGUUCCCGGGUGCCACUCCAGGGAGAUUGCAAUUUCUGCCCACUCAGGAGUUGCAUCCCCACCUGGCCUUGGAGAAGAGCAUGGUGGGUAUUCCGCCCGUCAAGCCAGGAGACUACGUGUUCUGGCACUGCGACCUGAUCCACGAAGUCGACAAGUUCCAUCCCGGAACUCGGGACUCCUCGGUCAGUUACAACGGCUGUGUUCCGCUUUGCCCGUACAACGUGCGGAAUCUCGUCAGCCUCCGCCAGAGCUUCAUGGAUGUGCUCCCACCCAAGGAUUUCGAAAAAUACGAGCACGGUGAGCUUGAGAAGGACCACGAUGAUCACGGUGCGAGGCGUGAGAACAUCCUGUCGAUUGAAGGCCUUAGGGCUCUCGGAUUUGAGCCCUUUGAUGUUGAGGAAGCAGGAUUGACGUCGGGUCAGCGAGAAAUGCGCAGGAUGGCGAAUGUGGAGCUUGGCUUCGCGACAAGUUAG